CUUUCUCCCAUGGGCUUCUCCACAGCUCCCUCAGCCUCAGGCUUUACUAUCUCUCUUGCUAGCUUUCCUUCCCAUCCCUCCUUUCCUCGGCCCACCCUAUAAUACCCAGCACUUGCUCCCACAUCGGCCAGAGGCUUGUAGAGGUGGAACAGGUGCGCAUGCAGGGCAGGGAUCCAGAGAGCUGCGACUUAGACCUCAGUCUGACCGGCCUGCUUCGUUCAACAGGAAAAAUGGGUCAUGAAUAACUGCUGUACUGCUCUGGAAUCAAAGGCAGCCAUCAACUUCUGCUUUGACGCCUAUCAGCACUGACUCAGCUGUCUGGUAGAGGUCCCCCCCACCAGAGCCUGACUGUGGAGAUUUUGAAUCCACUGCUGCUGGACUGAUUUGAAUAAGAUUCAGAGAGCUUUUUCUGCUAUUUGCAUUCGUCCUGUGCCGAGACCAAGCAACCAGGCAGGCUCAGGCAAGCCGGUGGUGGAAAACUAGCAAGUCUCACAUACGCUGCUCUCCAGUGUGCUCCCAGAAACAUGACUGACCUCGACAAUGCUCUGGUGGUUUCUGACGGGGACCUCAAGCCUGUUGACCGUCACAACAUGGUGGACAACACAGAACAUGUGUUGGACUACAACUGCUAUUAUGGGUUCCCACAUAGAGGCUGGCACGGACAGCGACAUGAGACGGCGGCCCAGCGCUACACGGCCACGCGCAUUCAGGCCGGCUUUCCACCAAACAGCAUGGCAGAUUACUUGAUAAGUGGAGGAACGGGUUACGUCCCAGAGGACGGGUUGUCUGCUCAGCAGCUUUUCUCAGUCGGAGAUGGCCUCACCUACAACAAACCAGACGAGCAGUCUGUCCGAGACGGACUCACAGCGGAAGAGCUAUGCUCUAAAGGGGACGGGUUGACUUACAAUGAUUUCCUGAUUCUGCCUGGCUUCAUUGACUUCACCUCAGACGAAGUGGAUUUGACCUCAGCCCUGACCAGAAAGAUCACUCUGAAAACGCCCCUUAUAUCUUCACCCAUGGACACAGUCACAGAGUCGUCAAUGGCCAUUGCCAUGGCGCUCAUGGGUGGCAUCGGCAUCAUUCACCAUAACUGCACUCCAGAGUUUCAAGCCAAUGAAGUUCGCAAAGUGAAGAGGUUUGAGCAGGGCUUCAUCACAGAUCCAGUGGUAAUGAGCCCACAGCACACAGUGGGAGAUGUAUUCCAGGCAAAGGUACGGCACGGCUUCUCCGGAAUCCCCAUCACAGAGACCGGCAAAAUGGGGAGCAAGCUGGUGGGCAUCGUCACCUCACGAGACAUCGACUUCCUCUCUGAAAAGGACCAUAACAGAUCUCUGGAAGAGGCUAUGACUAAAAGAGAUGAGUUGGUGAUCGCUCCUGCUGGCGUAACACUCAAGGAGGCCAAUGACAUCCUGCAACGCAGCAAAAAAGGUAAACUUCCCAUUGUUAAUGACAACGAUGAACUGGUGGCCAUUAUUGCUCGCACCGACUUGAAAAAGAAUAGAGAUUACCCUCUGGCAUCCAAAGACUCUCGGAAACAGCUGCUGUGCGGUGCUGCCAUUGGGACCCGUGAGGACGACAAGUACCGGUUGGACCUGCUCGUGCAGUCUGGUGUAGAUAUGGUGGUUCUGGAUUCAUCACAAGGCAACUCUGUGUAUCAGAUUAAUAUGAUCCACUACAUCAAACAGAAACAUCCUGAACUGCAGGUGGUGGGUGGGAAUGUGGUGACGGCAGCACAGGCGAAGAAUCUGAUCGAUGCUGGAGUGGAUGCCCUGAGAGUGGGCAUGGGCUGUGGCUCCAUCUGCAUUACUCAGGAAGUAAUGGCCUGUGGAAGGCCUCAGGGCACCUCGGUGUAUAAGGUGGCAGAGUACGCACGACGGUUUGGAGUACCAGUAAUCGCUGACGGCGGCAUUCAGACUGUGGGACACAUCGUGAAGGCCCUGUCAUUGGGAGCAUCCACAGUUAUGAUGGGAUCGUUGCUGGCAGCAACCACAGAGGCUCCUGGUGAGUACUACUUCUCUGAUGGUGUGAGACUGAAGAAGUACAGGGGGAUGGGCUCUCUGGACGCCAUGGAGAAAAGCACCAGCAGCCAGAAACGCUACUUCAGUGAGGGGGAUAAAGUUAAGGUGGCUCAGGGAGUGUCGGGCUCAGUGCAAGACAAAGGCUCCAUCCAUAAAUUUGUGCCCUAUCUCAUUGCUGGAAUUCAACAUGGCUGCCAGGACAUAGGAGCCAAAAGUCUGUCCUUACUUCGCUCUAUGAUGUAUUCUGGAGAGUUGAAGUUUGAGAAGAGGACCAUGUCCGCACAAGUAGAAGGAGGAGUCCAUGGUCUUCAUUCUUAUGAGAAGCGGCUUUACUGAAGGAGAGCUACAAGCAUGGACAAGCAAAGUGACCAAACAGUUCUGACCCAACUGACAACCCCAAACUAACAUCCUUUUUGCCAGCCAACUCUGCCCUGCCGUCCUGCACUGUCCCUCAGUUAGAGAGAGAUGAGAAAGAAUGGUGGAGAGAGAGGUAGCGUUAACACAGCUGGUUCUACUAAAAAGAAAGAAAGAAAGAAAAAAAAAACAGCAACAAACACACAACAUUUGCACUCAUGGAGUAUCAGGGUUUACCAAAAAAAAGCCUGGCGCAGCAUGUCCUCAACCUUCAUCUGUGUGAUGCGCAAUCUGUGCGACUCUCCUGCCUCAGCAGUGAUGUUAUUCUGUCUCCUUGUACCCCUGUGUGGACCCUGCUUCUGUCAGCAAAUCUGAAACUAACACCUUUUUCUUCUUCUAACCAACAUCCCACCCAUCAGUCCUUGUGCAAAGACUUCCCAAAAAGAAAAAAAAAUGCGGUAAAACUAUCAAGCCAACCUUUUUUUUUUUUUU